UAUGCGCUCACAUAUAUAAACAAAUUACAUUUCUAUAUUCAGCACAACACAUUUACAUCAAAUUUGUUUUUGACUAGUACAACUAUGUUUGCCUUAGUACUCGUAUUCAUCGGUUUUGCCUCGGUUUCAGGUAAAACAUGGGAUGUGCCGAGAGAAUGCUAUCCAUUGUUUAGUUGUUCUAACAGAUUUCUAGAUAUUGGAAACUUCUUCUAUGAUGGCGAUACUUUAAAAGAUAUCAGCGAAGAAACAGUUGACGAGCUAUGUCAACAUAUGAAGACAAAAUUGGUUUGUAAGGAUGCAGAGACGUGUAAAGAGAUGCAUUAUGUUACUGAUAUGAUGGCUGAAAUAGAAACAGCUGUUUGUGUUCAGUAUAGAAGAUACAUUCAAAGUUUAACAACCUGCUACAAUGAACCAGAGUUCAGAUCUAAAUUCGUGGAAUGUGUCCAAGAUUCUUUUACAUUCACUAAUCCAUCUACUUGUGGAUUUGUGGACCAACUGAAAAGAUGUGCCUCCAUGUUACAGCACUGUAGAGCAAGGCAACACGCAUCUGUUGUUGAAACCAUGCUCAGCAAAUAUGGGACAACACUAUGCAAUCAUCACAAGUUUAAUGUUGGAGCUUGAUUUCAGCUCAACUAAGAUGAAUAUUUAUCAACCAUAAAUAAAAAAAAAUGUCACCGAGAUCUUUGUCAACGAAUUAAUCAGUAAACAAUCUUAGUUGAUUUA